GACCAGUAUGAUAACAACCGUCAACAGGCCACGACCGCCGCUCCAAACGAGAUCACACGAGCUAAAUAAAAUAACCGUAAUACAGCUGGUCGUGUCAAACAUCGUGUUAUCUCAAAAUAUAACCUAAAAGUUAAUUAAACCCGUAAUUAACUAUAGACUUUAGUCACACGUUGUCGGAGGCGGAACGCGUUUCGCUACGCGAUUGUGUUUUGCUUUUUGAAACGUCACGCGAGAGAUGCGGACUAUUAAUUAGAGCGAGACGAAAGCAAAAUGUCCCAGUGGUUGUGUGUGACGUCUGUGUUUGUGUUGCUCCUGAGGGCGGAAUGCAGAUUCGUCGGCGACAAAUGCCAAGCUGAAGGAAGACCGGGCAUGUGCAGACUCCUCGAUGACUGCCAGCCACUUCUCGCAGAGAUCAAGAGGUGCGGGACCCCCAUGCCGGCGCACAUUAGGAGGAAACUGCAAACGCUUAUGUGCGGCUUUGACACGGAUAAGCCUAUCGUAUGUUGUCAAUCAGAAUCGCAGACGACUGAACGACCAACCCCCCUCUUCACAGUACCCCACGGACUAGGAGUCCCCUUCAACAACAAUUGGGAGGACUCCUCACAAAACUGGGGCUCAUUUACUACAUCUAGUACUAGAAGACCAUCCUGGAACAGUGAUACACCUACCAGGAGACCAUCUUGGAACAGUGAUACACCUACCAGAAGACCAUCUUGGAACAGUGAUACAACGACAACUAAAAGACCAUCUUGGGGCAGUGAUAAUACUGAUAACGAUACAACGAAUAACAAGAAUGGAAAAGAAGAAGCGGUAGAUGUGAGAAAUCAUAGGAACUUUAGGCUGUUGCCAACGGAUUGUGGAGUUAUAGAAGAUGAUAAGAUUUGGGGGGGCAAUAGAACGAGACUGUUUGAAAUGCCGUGGAUGGUGCUCAUCUCCUACAAUUCAGCAAGAGGUACCAAGCUAAGCUGCGGAGGUACCCUCAUCCACGAGCGCUACGUAUUGACGGCGGCGCACUGCGUGUCCUUCCUGGGAGAGCGUUUGAAACUGUCCGGGGUGGUGCUGGGAGAGUAUGACACCAGAACCGACCCGGACUGCGAGUGGGACGAGGGGGAGAGGAUGUGCGCUCCUAGUACACGGAACGUGACCGUGGAUACCAUUAUCCCACACCCCGGCUACAGUCCGCAGAACUUAUUUGAUGACAUCGCGCUUCUAAGGCUCUCGGAGCCGGCGGAUUUUUCGCAAGAUAACAUGAAACCAGUGUGUCUACCAUCGACGCCAGAGCUGCAAGCGGACAGCAUGGUGGGGCAGCAGGUGGUGGUCACGGGGUGGGGCGCUACGGAGGACGGGCUGCAGUCGCCCGUGCUGCUCAGUGUGGCGCUGCCGGUAGUCUCCAAUUCGGAAUGCCAGGAUGCUUACAACGGUUCCCCUCGCAUCUACAACCGUCAGAUGUGCGCUGGCGGCGUCCCAGACAAAGACUCCUGCGGCGGCGAUUCCGGAGGCCCUCUCCUCCAUCCAGGGGUCGUGGGUCGAGUAGGGCUCCGCUACGUGCAGCGUGGAAUAGUGUCCUACGGCUCUAAGCGAUGUGGAGUUGGAGGCUUCCCUGGUGUCUAUACCAGAGUGGGGCACUAUAUGGACUGGAUUUUAGACAAUAUGAGGCCUUGAUUCUUAUAGUGUUAUUCCGGAGGCACCUAACACUCAAGAGUCGUAGGUCCUACGGUUCUAAGCGAUGUGGGAUUGGAUGCUUUCCUGGGCUAUAUGGAGUGGAUACUGGAUAAUGUAUGCGGCCUUGAUUCUUCAGGAGGCCUCUUUCAGUCUGAGGCCGCACGGAUCUCUGGUGUAUGUAGCGUUGUACAUGGUUACCUAUACUUAUCGUGUACUUCGUUUGAAUAAAGAUUCUUUAUAGUCCCUGGUGUUCACUUAAUUAUACGGCAAAUGAUGAUGAUGGAAUUUUCUUUUGCAGAGUUGCUCCUUUUGACUCACAGAUUGAUUUACGAAGGGGCCAAUCGAAUUUAUGAUGCAAGACUUAAGGGGGGUGCCCCCCGAAAUUUGUAAAAAAUAAAGUUUUGCUAUGUGGUCAAGUUUGGUGGUGAAUUGAAUUGAAUUGAAUUGAAUUGGUAUCUAUGAAACCGAUAAAUUAAAUAUCAGAAACGAAUUUAGCAUCCUUGAGUUACCCGAAGAUGAUAUAUCAAACUUGCGCACAUAGCCAAACAAUAUUUUUUACAAAUUUUGGGGGGCACCCUUUCUUAAGGCAAAAUUUUGCAUCAAAAAUCCGGUUGGCUUCCCUUUCUAAAUCAAUCUGUGAGUCAAAAGGAGCAACUCUGCAAAAGGAAAUUUCAUCAUCAUCAUUGUAUAUCACACUUUUUUGUCGUGAGCGCCACGGACUAUUAGGUGUAUUGCCACAUCAAAUGCCACAGUAUUCGAUUUGUCAAAAUCCCUUAAGUACUUAAGCCACGAAAAUUCAAAAUCUUACGUAAAUGCAAUGUAGGAUUGUAUUAAUUUAAUUUAAAACUAUGACAAUGUUAUAAGUAUAUGUCGGCGGCCGAUCGUAAGAUCAAGCAGAUCGUAAUGUUCCUGUGUAAUGUUUUAACGUUUGUCACAUUGAUCCAAUAUAUUAGGUAAUUUUUUUUUUUUUUAAUUUAUUGAACAAUAAGCUAAAUAACGUACAUUAUUAUUACAAGACCCAUCGUGGGCAAAACCUUGAGGAGGUUUGUAUGCCGAUGGGGAGUUCGAGAAAAUAACAUGACAAUAUACAUAUCUAUCUUAUACUAAUUAAAAUUCUUAAUAUAUGUAACUAAAGUCGUUAGAUUGUAACAAGUGCGUCUUAAUUACUUUUUUUCUAUUUUUCCCGUUUACAUAUUUUAAUCUAGUAUCUUCUGGCAAAUCAUUUAAUAUUUUAGGCAAUAUAUAUGUAUACAGUCUAGUGCCAUAAAUGUUCUUAUAUUUGGGUAGGAUAAUAGGAUAGGUUCGUUAGGUUGCUUCAGAUGCCCGAAGGGCAAACUGUCCAGAAAUAGGAGCCUCGCGUAGCGGGGCUCCGUCGACUCAGGGAACGAGUCAAAGAUUUCACGUUUCACGAUAUGCCUAGGAAUUUCACGAUAUGCCUGAUUUUACGAUUAUAUAAUACUUCUACCUACGCGCUAACCUUUAUUAGAGUUAUUAGUGCGCUAAAAUUAAAUACUCAUUAUUAUGUGCUGUAUGUAAAUAACGAAUAAGUUUAAGUUAUGUAAGCUUCGUAAAUAUUUAUAAGGUUUCCGUUAUACCUGCCCUAAUCCCUCACUUGCGCCAUCCACGGUUAGCCACUAGAGUUAGACCAAGAAAAGUCUGCAGCGAUUUUGGUAGCCGACGCAGUGCAAGUGUUAUUUAUACGUCAUAUAAUUUCAUAGAAGACAUUGUUUGAUCAUGUGAUGUUUUCAUGUAACCUCAACUGGCUUAAGAAGCCAUUGGAGGGUGGAUUUUGUUUACUCUUUUUUAAAUACCUUUUUUUUACGUUGAGGAAAUGCGUUUACGCAUGCCACCUGGUCCGGGGGAACCAGGGGGGGGGGGAGGACGGACUAACCAUUGAAGGACUACCGUCUAACACCACCAACGAGUGCUACAGAUAGGGUGCCGCAGGGUCGCUAUCAGCAUUCGACCGCGAAAGAUACAGACUACACGGUGUAACAUGAGGAAACCGAAUAAUUUUAACCACGCAUUUCUGAGGUCAAAAGAAGGAAAAAUUUAAUAUGAGUUUAGGUUAAAGUCGCCAAAAUAAUUUUUUUUUGUUUUGUUUUUUCAAUUUUUGAAUGUAUUUGUACAUAAAAUUUAAAUAUUAUCGGUAAACUUGUUACUUAAAAUUGAUUUUUACAUUUUUUUUCGUAAAACCUACUUUUUGCAAAGUGUUACUUGUCACUUUUUGACAUCUAUCAAUAAGGAUAUUUAGACUACGUCCCAUAGCAGCAACAUCUCCAUCAAAAAGGCCUUUUACACUGUAACAAUAAAAACUUGUUUUUAUUUUUAAAUUAAUAUUAUCUCUGAAACUAGGCGAAUUUGGAAAAAGUUCAGAGGACAUUUUUGUCUCUAAAUAUGAUCAGGAAUACGCUGUUAAAAUUAUUCGGUUUACUCAUGUUACACCGUGUGUGACCGUGUAUAGUUGAAGAAGCAACUUAAAGUUUGCGUCAUACUAUUUUGCACUCUUGUAGGUAAGAUCCUUGUUCAAAUAUUUUCAAGGAAUAAAAAUAGCUUUUCCGCGCGGGUAUUGUGAAAAGGUGAUUUGAUAAAAUACCUAUUGCACGAAGUAUGCAAAAAUAUAUGACAUAAUAUUAUUUGUAGAACCAAAGAGCAUGUCAUAUAUUGUUGCUCACUUCGUUGUGCCAGAUUUUAAACUAAUUUAUGAUAGAAGUGUAUAGGUAUGUGCCGAAUUAACUAGUCUCUAUGAAUAUGUGCUAUAGUAUUUUAUAUGAGUAGGUAAGUACUAUUUUAGUAUAUAUGAAUAAACAAUAAUGAUUAUUAA